AUGCAUUACAACUGGAUGACAUCGCACUACCUAUCGUGCUUCCUCGAGUUAGCGAGCUUCUUCCUCUUAGCUGCGGAUGGUAACGCUUGCCUUGUUGGCCUCCGACGACUGGAAUUCGCUGUCACGGAACGUUUGGACGGCGGCGAGCUUCAAUUUCGUACCUUUGGCCUCGGCAAAUUAGUCAUCCAAUCAUUAGUCCCUUUGAUCUUGGACAGAGAAAUUGUAGAAGGUUGUGUUGUUCAAUGCAAAUCGCUGGAGCUGCGGUUCUGGGAACCUGAAACUGCUCUUCUUGUCGGACGACAUCCUACGCAAGUGGGAUAA